AUGGCUGAACUUGGUUCCCCGAUCCAGCCGCAACUCACACCAGUAGGGGAGAAGUCGCUGCCGGCAAAAUGCAAGACGGACAUGAUCACAUACUGUCCGUCGAUGGACCUGAUUGCCGUGGUCUCUGAUGACGAGGAGUUGCGCGUCUUCCGCCUAAAUGGUCAGAAGGUAUUCGGCGGCUCUUACAAGGGGGACCCGUAUUUGGAUAACGAUGAUGGAAGUGGAGAGAUUCGGGCUGUGAGGUGGAAAAUUGAUGGCCAUUUCCUGGCCGUCGUGUGCGCGGAUUCCACCGUCCGCAUCAUCAGCGCGUAUAGCGGGAAAAUGGCCCAUCACUACCAGGCACAUGGUGGAGAGCAGAGUCCCAAAGUCACCUGCUUAGGCUGGGGCAUGAACUUUACGGAUAGUGAGGCCGCGAAACGGCAAAUAUAUGAGGCUGCGGGGCAACUAUCUGUUGAAGAUCUGCUGUCGUUAGAUAUGCAGCCUUCCAAGACUGCGGCUCUACUCAAGGCUGAUCUGCCGAGGGAGCUGGCAUUGCUGGAUAUAGAGAGCUCGCUGCCGAGGCUGAGUACUCUGCCUUCUACUGGGGGCGACGAUGAUGUGUUCAGUUCUCGGGCGUCAAUUGAUGCGAUCUUUCAUUCCUCUCAGAAGGAUACCAGUGGUGCAGUAGACGUCCUACUCGUCGGCUUCGAGGAUGGCACAGUUCACCUACGAAUCUUUGAUUGCUUUGAAAUCGGCUCCGUACGAUUCACAGCUCCUGAGCCAUGUGCUAUUCUCCAGCAUGCAUCGCACCCACUGAGCUCAACACAUGCGCUUGUUGCAUCCUCCGGAAAUGAUUUGCAUCUUCUUACGCUUGAUCUGCGGUUCAUUACGAGAUCCGGUCGGUAUCUUUCGCUUCUUGCGCAUAAGACAACGCAGCUUCAAAGCCUACUCCGGUACAUUUGUCAGGUACAGAGACAGAUCGAGAUGGAAUGGAAAAAUGCGCAGGAGUUGCCGGCCAGGUAUAUGCGCAGUGUGAAUCAAGAUUUGGAAGAAAAGUGUCACUGCGAUUUCGUUACGGCAGCUUAUCAUUUGGUUGUCACUGGUGACUGUUUUGAACCUUUGAGGGAAUUUUUAACGGUCAUCGUGGGGGAACGAGGUCACAAAAGAUGGGAAAAAGCCGUUGCGAGUGGCUACGAGAUCGUCAGGCGAUUGACACACGAGUGUCUCCUUCCAGCUUUGGAGCGAUGCGAGGUUCUACUUAGCCGGCUAAUCGGCCUUUCGAAGUUCCAGAAGCUGAGCGAGGUCCUUGGGCUAGAGACCUCGGACCUCAAUGCUAUCGUCGAGACGCUCGACUGUCUUCAUCUUCUAGCCCAUCACAUCCUCAUCACCGCGAACGAAGAGUUGACCCAGUUCCAUGCAUUUUCGCGUUGGCUGCGUCACCAAAUUGAGAUGCUUAGUGCAGAACCCAUGUCACAAACUCUCGAAGAAUUGAUGGAGAAAACUGAUCUAGUGGAAUAUCCACUGACUCUAAAGUACAUCAGAGGCGCCUUGACCAAGAGCUCGCUACGAAACUACAUCCAGCAGUUACCCAUGAUGGGCUUCGCAAGACCCCCUCCCCCUUCAGAGGACAAUUGGGUCCCUACAGACGGAGAUACCAGAUCGUUCUAUGACAAAUUCAAGAAACUGUUGAACCAGCAAAGCAAAGCAUCUGCUGAUGCGGAACUGGUUGAACUCCCCAAGCUCAAUAACCUCACAAAACGUCUUGGGCUGCAGUUCGACAAGGUCUUCAGCCAGAUUGCAGUGACCCAGAAACGCGGUAUACUGCAUCGGUCACCGCUUACGCUACAUCAUGAAUGUGAUAAAACGGUUUUCGAUUCGACGAUGCGCUACGAGGAUGUCGGAAGCGGAGAGCAAUCGAGUGUGAUAUAUGUUGCUUCAAGAUUAGCGACGUCAAAGCAUCUACUACACGUUUACCGAGUGGUCCUCAACAUGGAAAACGGCGUCAGUUCCACCCGAGAGGCUCGAGUGGGAGUAAUCAAUCUUCAUGAGGGCAUUAUUCGCCAGGUACAUUUUGCCGAAGGCAACAAUAUGAUGGUCCUAUGGUCAAAUAACGUUGGAACCUCUUACGUCCUGCAACUCCCAUUCCAACCACCACGACAUGUAUACCCACCAGGCUCUGCUUACCAAUUUACAAUCAAUUAUCACAACGUUCACCACGUCGAUGCCGUGAAGGAAAGGACGGACGUUGAUAUCUCAACCCUCCAGCUAGUCAAACAUCAGUUCGCAGCCAAAGCUCGACCAAUUAGGAUUGAUGUGAAUGGACGGCAGGGCCGAAGGGCGAUUUGUGUGUUGUACGCCGGCGCGAUUAGGUAUGAAGUACUGGAUCUCGACGCUGAAUUAGGAGACGAAGACGAUGAAGGUGAUGAGUAG